GCCACAACUGGCGAGCGUGACUUCGUAAGCUCUCGAGAAAAGCCCACUGCCCCCACCAAAAAAAAAACCAACUAAAACCAAACUAACCCUAACUGCUUUCAUCGCUCGUGGGGACCAUUUAAAAACCACCAUCUUCGUUGAAAACCAACCUUUUUUUUCUUCUUUUUUUUUUUCCAAAGUAGAGACCCCCCCCCCCCCUGCCAGACUCCACGCCACCAUGCACUUGUUGUCCAGCAGCUGCGUGGGCUCCCUCGUCCUCGUCCUCGCCACGCUACUCUGUCGAGUGCGCUGCAUUGAGGAGGUGGUAGGCCUGUACGGUGAAACACUUGAGAUUCCGUGCAACAAAGGAGCCGUAAAUGGGGAAGAUGUGAAAACCAUUACAUGGAAAUAUCACAAAGGAGACGGAGUUUCAGGAAACCUCUUAAUCAAACAUAAAAAUGAGAACGUCUCCAUUGACGGCAGUGAUGAAUAUAAGGACCGCAUAAACAUGGCUGCCAACUUUAGUCUGCUGUUGACUGCCGCCAAGCUAACCGACCAGCGCACGUUCACCUGCAUGGUGAUGGCGGCCAAAACCGCCAUAGAUUACUAUGUUAAGGUGCUCGUCUACAAGGCGCCUGAAGGUGUGGAGAUUUCUGACAAAGCGGAGGAGCUUGAGAUUGGCAAACUUACUAAGUUGGCCACAUGUGUCGCACGAGAUGCCAACCCGGCGGCCAAAAUCAUAUGGCUAAAGAACAACAAACCCCUGUCGGAUGAUGGCAAAGGCAUUUCCAUCCAAACCUCCGUGCAGGUUGACCCAGUGACCAGUCUGUCCACCACCACCUCCAUGCUAGAGUACUCUGCUAACAAGGAGGACACAGACGCUCAGUUCUCGUGCAGCUCCCAGCACAGCGUGGGCAAGCAGAUGACAUCUUCUCCACUCACCUUUACCAUCACAUACUCUACCGAGCAUCUCAUCCUGCAGGUCAAUGCACAGGAGCUGGUGGAAGGAGACAACGUGACCCUGAAGUGUGUGGCGGACGGCAACCCGGCUCCAUCCAGCUUUAACUUCCACCUGAAGGGGAACGUGGUGACUGUGAAUAACACAGAUACAUACACCCUGACUAAUGUGUCACGUGACACCACCGGCGAAUACAAAUGCUCCUUAAUUGACAACCCCUCCAUGGUGGCUUCCAAGGAGGUCACAGUCGAUUACCUAGACAUCAAUUUAAGCCCCACUGGGAGCGUUGUCAAGAAUGUUGGCGAGGCUUUGGAUCUAACUUUCCAGAGCAACUCUUCACGGGCAUCAAAGGUCUCCUGGACUAAGGACAAAGUCAAGCUGCACAAAGAGCCCAAGUUUCACAAGCUGACGUACUCAGACUCUGGCCACUAUGAGUGUGAAGUGACGAUGGGGGCCCUCAUCAAGAAGCUUUCUUUUAAACUGCUCGUUGAAGGCGCUCCAGUGAUCAAGCAGCUGUCCAAACAACGCGGUGAAGAUGGUCAACAUAAAGUCUUGAUUUGUGAGGCCGAGGGCUCUCCAAAGCCAUCUGUUUCCUGGAGCAUCAACGGCACAUCGCUUCACGAAAGUCCUUUUGUCGGCGGGAAGGUCACACACAAAAUCACAGUGGUGCCCACUCUCAACCUGACCGUCUUGUGCACCGUGUCCAACAAGUUUGGCGAGGACACGCGGGAAAUCAGCGUGUCCCCUCUAUUUGAGGAGGUGAGAGUGGAUAAACGAGACCAAUCAGAGGACGGCGAUCAGACCAAGUUGGUGGUCGGAGUCGUGGUCGGCCUUCUCAUCGUCGCCAUGGUUAUUGGUCUGGCGUACGGAAUCUACCAGAAGAAAUCCAAGCAAGGGAGCUGGAAGACCGGCGAAAGGGAGAACGGCUCCUCUGAGGAGGAGAAGAAGCUGGAAGAGAAAGUGGAGGAGAACAGCCAAAAAGCUGAAGUGUAGAGGGGAAAAAAACCAGUGAGCAUCCUUUUGGGAAUGUGAAAGUGAGAACAUGGAACUUUGCACGUUUCGCCUCACCUCAUCUUUUGGGAGAAAAAAAAAACAAGAAAAAAAAAAGUGUAAAGUUUGAUUUCAGGGAUAAUUUGACUACACAUCGAACCCAACCUGUGAUAAAACCCCCACUACCACCACCUGUGUGGAUGCUUGAUCCACAUGUAAGUCUGUUAGAAUCACCUCACCUUUUGUUAGAAACUUGAACUUUUUUUGGUUAGUUGCUGCAAGUGAAAUCACUUUUAGACCAGUUUGCCUUUGCUGUAAAAAACAUGUGUAGGCCUGCGUCACGUCAACUUUUAGUGUACAUAUAUUUCAGUUUGUUCAGGCAGGCGAGGAGAAGUUGCUGGAAGGGCUGAGAGGCGUUUGCUUAGUCGUGGUUACAGUUAGCGGGAAAAGUUGACAUUUUGUUGUCAGGGAGACAACGCGCCAUUUUGCUUUUCUUUUUUUUUUUUUCCAAAUGUACUGUAUUUGGCCGUAACCACUGGAUGACACACGAGCAGGUACAACACCCAAAAGCAGUGAAGUUGGCACGUUGUGUAAAUGGUAAAUAAAAACAGAAUACAAUGAUUUGCAAAUCCUUUUCAACUUAUAUUCAAUUGAAUAGACUGCAAAGACAAGAUAUUUAACUUUCCAACUGAGAAACUUAAUUAUUUGUUUGCAAAUAAUCAUUAACUUAGAAUUUAACUCCAGCAACACAUUGCAAAAAAGUUGUCACAGGGACAUUUUUACCACUGUGUUACAUGGCCUUUCCUUUUAACAACACUCAGUAAACGUUUGGGAACUGAGGAGACACAUUUUUGAAGCUUUUCAGGUGAAAUUCUUUCCCAUUCUUGCUUGAUGUACAGCUUAAGUUGUUCAACAGUCCGGGGGUCUCCGUUGUGGUAUUUUAGGCUUCAUAAUGCGCCACACAGACAGGUCUGGACUACAGACAGGCCAGUCUAGUACCCGCACUCUUUUACUACGAAGCCACGCUGUUGUAACACGUGCUGAAUGUGGCUUGGCAUUGUCUUGCUGAAAUAAGCAGGGGCGUCCAUGAAAAAGAUGUUGCUUCAAUGGCAAGAUAUGUUGCUCCAAAACCUGUAUGUACCUUUCAGCAUUAAUGGUGCCUUCACAGAUGUGUAAGUUACCUAUGCCUUGGGCACUAAUACACCCCCAUACCAUCACAGAUGCUGGCUUUUCAACUUUGCGCCUAGAACAAUCCGAAUGCUUCUUUUCCUCUCUGGUCCGGAAGACACGACGUCCACAGUUUCCAAAUACAAUUUGAAAUGUGGACUCGUCAGACCACAGAACACUUUUCCACUUUGCAUCAGUCCAUCUUAGAUGAGCUCGGGCCCAGUGGAGCCGGCGGCGUUACUGGGUGUUGUUGAUCAAUGGCUUUGGCUUUGCAUAGUAGAGUUUUAACUUGCACUUACAGGUGUGGCGACGAACUGUAAUUACUGAAAGUGGUUUUCUGAAGUGUUCCUGAGCCCAUGUGGUGAUAUCCUUUACACACUGAUGUCGCUUUUUUGAUGCCGUACCGCCUGAGGGAUCCAAGGUCACAGGCAUUCAAUGUUACGUGCAGUGAUUUCUCCAGAUUCUACGAAACUUUUGAUGAUAUUACAGACCUUAGAUGGAGAAAUCCCUAAAUUCCUUGCAAUAGCUCGUUGAGAAAUGUUGUUCUUAAACUGUUGGACAAUUUGCUCACAAAUUUGUUGACAAAGUGGUGACCCUCGCCCCAUCCUUGUUUGGGAAUGACUGAGCAUUUCAUGGAAGCUGCUUUUAUACCCAAUCAUGGCAUCCACCUGUUCCCAAUUAGCCUGUUCACCUGUGGGAUGUUCCAAAUAAGUGUUUGAUGAGCAUUCCUCAACUUUCUCAGUCUUUUUUGCCACUUGUGCCAGAUUUUUUGAAACAUGUUGCAGGCAUCAAAUUCCAAAUAGCAGCAAAAAAUAACGUUUUCCAGUUCGAACGUUAAAUAUCUUGUCUUUGCAGAUUAUUAAAUUGAAUAUAAAUUGAAAAGGAUUAGCAAAUCAUUGUAUUUUGUUUUUAUUUACCAUUUACACAACAUGCCAACUUCACUGGUUUUGGGGUUCGUAGAUGGUGUUAUGUAUGCGCUCCAUCAGUUUAAAGAUGUCCGUCAUGCUUCUUUCUGCCUUCUUUCUAAGAAUAAAUGCUUGUCUCUUCAGCUAGUGAUGUGCACUAUAGAAGUCGUGUUUUCCAUGGCAGUUCACAUCCAAAAAUCUGCUGGAGCUCAAAAUGUGGUAGGCCAGGAUGUCGUUGUGAAGUAUGAACUUUUUUGUUGUUGUUGUUGUUUCUAUUUAUGUUGUACAAGAUGAAAGAUCCUGGUCGGCAAAAUAAAAAUUGAAAAAUUGUUUUUUUUCAUCCCACCUUUUAAAUUGGACACGAAAUGUAGUUAAUUUCCUUUCGGUUGCUUCGUGUCUGCUCGAAAUGAACGUCUCAGCAUGCAAUGACGUCGUCAGACCUCGGAGCAACCCACCUGGUGUGGAAACAUCCAAUUGGAAGAAUGACCAAAGAAAGUGAACAUUGCCAUGCAAGUAUUGUAAAUAUCUGUUUUGUUUUUUUGUACUUUUGUUUAAAAUAAAGUGGACAUUUGGGAAAAACACAGGACUACUGUCU